AUGAGUUUUGAUAAUUCCUCAAGUUCAAAUUCUAAUUUACCAAUUGUGGAUUCCCUGCCCAUUAGUAAUAAAGAUAGCCCUCAAAACGAGUCACAAUCAUCAACCUUUGAAUCGUAUAAAUCAAUACAAAGCCUGGAUAUCACAGAUGAACCAUUUGAUACAUCAUUAAAAGUUGAACAAUGUGAAGAUUCUAGUAAUUCUUGCACCAAAGUGGAAAAUUUACCAAAGGCCAUACGUCUGACAGAUUUUAACGCUAUCAACGCAUUCAAAAAUUUCCUAUCAAACCCACUGGGAUCCAAAACAUUAAGCGUUGGAACAGAACAACCGAAUGAAUUGGAUGUUAGCGGUAAUUACCAAACGUGCGGGAAUAAACCUGAAUAUAAUCGACAAGAAUCGCUGAGUAAAGAAGAUGUGUACAAUUUAUCAGAUGAAUUCGUGUCAAACAUUUCAACUUCAACAUCAAGCGAUAUUGACGAGAGCCAAUAUUUGGCAGGAGAGUCUGAAGUUGAUUUGUCAACGCCACUGAAACUUAAAGACUUGAUGAUCUAUAAAACAAUACAGUUUAUGGAUUAUAGACGUUUUUCUAGAAGAUUCAAUGGGAUUAGGAAGCCAGUUUCAUACAAGAAGGCGAUGUUAAUCUUCUUUUUCUGCGCAGUUCUGGCACUGACACCAUUCGUGGUUUUCAGACGACAUGAUGAACACUAUACAAUUAGUAUACAAAUAAAACGAGGAGUGGUGACAUAUAUUUCAUCUCUGGCAUUUGUAAUUGCAGCAUUUCUGCUUGCCAAGGCGCAAGUGAGCCUGCCCUUGCGCUUCCCAGUGAUUCUUUCGUAUAUAUUCAUGGUCAUAACCAUGAUCGUGCUGAUCGUUUUCAGAAAUAUCGCACACCUCGAUGUGUUCAUAUGGACAAUACUAAUCUCAUUCGCAUCAGAGCAAGUCUUCGUAAUCGCAAUCACAAAGUUGUUCAUACACUAUGUCCCUAUAUUGGCACUACACGGCCGGUUUCUGUCGUGUACGGAGCAUUUCCACCUGAUCAAGAGAACACAACACGCAAAUAAAAUCAAUAUUACAAUGAGCAGAUAUAACGAUUAUACAACGAUUUGGGAGAGUGGAUCGUGCGGGUUCUUUACUUGCAUAUACAGGUCAUUCUACCGUUUCUUUCUGUCAUUACACAAGAGAAUCAAAGGCCGUACAAAUCAAAAAGAUGAGCCUCUGUUUGGACACCAGAUGAGAUAUAAUGGAAAGUUCGACUCAAAUAACCUGCCACACGGGUACGGAGAAUGGCUAGAAGACCACAUCUACGGAGAACGUCUUCAAGGUUAUUGGUGGCAUGGGUACCCAGUAGGACCAUUUACUUCACAAGAAAUAGGAUCGGGUUCUAUAUUUGUAAACAACAGAGUUGCAUUUGUGACUGAUACACACUUGGAGGGACCGAAAAUACGCUAUGGAGUAUCGUCGACAGAGUGCUCAAUAUCGGGAUAUUUCUUCAAGCAAAUGCCAAAAACAUAUUUCUUCAACCCUGAUUACCGAGAAGUUGGGAAUUGCAAGAAGGAACCAUGUGACUUGUUUAACUUACUGAGAGAAAGUUUUGAUGGGAUUAAGAGUUCGACACCACAAUGGUGUUUUGGUAUGUUGAAGAGACAGUUUCACAUCAACAGACCGAAUAACCAAGGAUAUAUGAACAUUUACGUGGACAAGAUAACAAACUCACUAAAAAUUGAUGGAUACAGAAUUAAGAAAACGGACCCGUCAGCAGAGAACCCUGAUGAGAUAAACAUCAAGCUGGUAAUGUUUAAGGGAAAACGUAAGGAUUAUGGUCCGCCAGAUGAUUACCAGAGCCCAGUGGAGCUUAAACUCUUUAAGCCAAGCACCACAAGCCUAUUUAAUAAAUUGAGAAUAAAAAAUAAUGAUAAGGAUGGUAAUUCAAAGCAAAGACGUGGGUGUAAAUCACAAAUUAAGAGUAGGAUUUCAAUGCUGAUCAGAGACGAAGACGAGUGGGAGAAUAAGAAACAGAUGUGCAGACACAAGAUUGUGGCGAGUGGUUGGAAAAGAAUAAGACCCUCAACAAACCCAGAAUUGAUACCAGAACACGUAGUACUAUAUAUCCAUGGAUAUAAUCUAACACUCUACGAGGCGUGUUCUCAGAUGGCUCACAUUGUUUCAUUUUCGAAGUUGCCUCCAUAUAUACUACCGUUUGUUUUCAACUGGAAGGGACACCACUGGGGAAUGUUUUCUGCCUUUUCGUACCCCAAGGCUGUUAAAAUCUGCACGAACCCGAACAUUGUGGAUGCAUUUAUCGAGGUUAUCGAGGACCUCAUUAAGCUGGGAAUCAAGCAUAUUCACUUUUUGGUUCACUCCUGUGGAACAAGAGUGUUCUUAAACGUGAUUUUAUCAGCGAUUAAAAAAGGGUACAUUGUUCCGGUAUUGAGUGACGAGUACCUGGUCAUAAAAGAGGAGACGAAGAAGGACCGUCUACGUAUGGAUAGUAUAAUUUUAAUUAACCCAGACUAUCCGAUGGAAAAGUUCAGAAGCUAUGACUACUUUGUUAUUCGAGGGUACUGCGACCACAUUGUCAUGUACGUCAAUAACAUGGACCAGUGCCUGUACGUGUCAGAGUUCUAUAACAGGGAACAGUCGCUGGGCAGAUCCAUAUUUGAAAUGUGCACAAGCAGUAAAGUAAUAUCCAAUAUACUCAAGAAAGAGUAUAUUGAUGAACCAUUCACAAUAUAUGAAGGCUACUGCAGAAGUGCCAAAAAAACCGAGUUUGAUAGGGACCACAGAGUUGUUAUUCUGGAUCAAAUUGGUGAGCUCUCUACACCGUCAGAUGGGAAUUCGCCUUAUAGCAAAGAAACUAGGGUUGAUAAUUUUGAGUUGCUAGGAUAUGAUGAAAAACGUGAAAAUAAAAAGAGUAAGUUCGGUGCUCGAUACUCACUUGGUAAAUAUGCAAAAACCAAGAAUAUUUUCUGGACUUCAAGGAUCAGCAGUAAGAUUGACGAUGAAGGUAUGGAACUCUGGCUCGACUUAGAUGUCGUCGACACCUCGAUGAUUGACACCAAUGUUGACUUCUUCAAGCAUUCCUUCUACCAGGUUAAGCGUGAGAUCAUGGACGACAUCAGGGAGGUCAUUAUCAUGCACACUCGGGCCUUCCAGAGGCAGAGCAGACUAGACAGAAGGAGGGGGAAUGUAUAUGUUUUUAGAGUAGCCCCAAGAGAUGUUAGUAAACUUUUAUAA